AUUUUAUGUUAAUGAGCAGGUGCUGCGGUUCUUGAGGCGCGCGGUGGGCCGCUCGGGGAUGAGCCGGAUGGAGCAGCGCAGGGAGCAGCGGGAGUCCAGCCGGAGGGUUUUCACCAGGUGAUGCUGUCCAAACCCGACGGAUCCGCGAAACACGAAUGGAUCCCUAUUUAAGACGGAGCUGGAAAAGGCUUUUUCACUUAUUACCUUUAUAUUUUAUCCUAAUUUAUCAAGCGCAUCUUUCCUGGGGAGUUGAGAGAGUGAACGUUACUAACUGGGAUGAAUUUAAUAACACCAGUUCUCCUCCAUACAACCUACCUGCACACAGUUUUGUGCAGGACCUCCAGACAGCAGCUGCUGCACUAGAAAACAACACAUCUUCUACCAGUCAUUCACUGGUCAGCCGGACUGCCAUGUCCAACCUGACAUCCAACCUGAUGUCCAACCUGACGUCCUCCAGCCCAGAGAGGACGCCGACCCUCAGCUCUGAGCAAUCAUCUGCAACCACAGCUCCAUCUAGUCAAACACCAUCAACAACAGUAUCAUCUAGCCAAUCACCGGUCAGCACAACACAAACCAGCCAAUCACAAACCACUGCAGCAUCAGCUAAGCAAUCACCAGGCAGCACAACACCAGCCAGUCAAUCAUUAGCUAGCACAACACCAUCUAGUCAAACACCGCCAACAACAGUAUCAUCUAGCCAAUCACUGGUCAGCACAACACAAACCAGCCAAUUAUCAACUACCACAACACCAUCCAGCCAAUCACCAACAAACAUAUUAUCAGCCAGCAAAUCACCAACAAUCAUAGCAUCAAUCAGCCAAACACCAGGCAGCACAAUACCAUCCAUUGAAUCUUCAACAAAGAUAGGACUCCCUAGCCAAUCACCAACUACUACAGUAUCAACCAGCCAAUCACCAAGCAGAACAACAACACCUAGCCAAUCACUAAUGAACACAGCACCAUCCAGCCAAUCACCAACCACCAUAGUACCAGGCAGCAAAACAUCAUCCAUUAAAUCUCCAACAAAGAUAGGACAUCCUAGCCACUCACCAGCCAGCAUAGUACCAGCCAGCCAAUCACCAAGAAAAAAAACAAUACCCAGCCAAUCAUCAUCGAGCACACCAUCAGCCAGGAAAUCAUUAGGCAGCACAACAACAUCCAGUCAAGCACCAACCAGUGCAACACCAGCCAGUCAGUCAUCAACCAGAACUCCAAAAUCUAGCCAAUCACCAACCACUACAGCAUCAACUAGCCAAUCACCAACAACCAUAGCACCAGCCAGUCAGUCACCAACCAGAACCACAAAGUCCAGCCAAUCACCAACUACUAUAGUACCAACCAGCCAAUCACCAGUAACCACAGCAUCAGCCAGCCAAUCACCAACAACCAUAGCACCAGCCAGUCAGUCACCAACCAGCACUAUAAAAUCCAACCAAUCACCAACCACUGCAGUACCAACCAGCUUUUCUUCAACAACUUCAGCACUAGCCAGAAAAUCACCAACAACCACAGAAGUGGCCAGUCAGUCACCAGUUAGCAAGGCACCACACAAGACCUUAUCUAACCAUCGAGCAGGCAGCACUACAAAACCUAGCCAAACACCACUGAGCCAAUCAACAACUGUCUCAAAAACAUCAAACCAAUCAUCACUCACCUCAACACCUCCAAAUCAAUCACCAACCACUUUAAUACCAGCUAAUCAAUCCCUAACCAGCUCAGAACCAUCAAACCAAUCAUUAUCUGGUUCAGCGUCAUCACUCACCGGAGCCAUUUCACCAGACGAGCGUCCAGUGAAUAUUUCACAGCUCACCAGGCAGGUGAAGGAAGCCAUGAGGUCGUCGUUUCGUGGGACUCCAGCAGAGCAAUGUGUAUUCCCCUGCCUGAAUGGAGGACAGUGCGUUCAGUCAGAGUCAUGUGACUGCAGCUUGUAUCAGGCCACCGGACACAGAUGUCAGACAGUUCCAAAUCCCGGCUUCGAAAGGGAGAUGACCUGCAGGUCGUGGGGUCAGUACAACUUUGAGACCUUUGAUGGCCUUUACUACUACUUCCCUGGCCGAUGCACAUACACUCUGCUGAGGGACUGUGAGGAAACCACGCAGGCCAGCAUCGUCGUCCAGGUCCACAAUGAUCCAGGCUGUGGCUCCGCCCCCUACACCUGCCAACGAUCAGUCAGCCUCUUCCUACCAUGGGAGGGUGAGAUCCGGCUGCAUGCCACCAAUGUGACCUUCAAAGGUCAAAGUUUGCAGCUGCCUCAUCACAUCCACGACCUGCAGCUGGAGCAGAUCUCGCAAUACGUUCUGGUGAUGCAACAGCACGGCUUCACGCUAGCCUGGGAGGGACGCAGCGGAUCCAUUUACAUCAAACUCAGCCCGGAGUACGUGGGCAGGACCUGCGGCCUGUGCGGUAACUUCAAUGCUGACGUCCAGGACGACCUGAAGACGAGCUACGGUGUGCUGACUCAUGAAAUCGAAAUGUUUGGGAACAGUUGGGUGGAGACAGAGCCACACCAGGCCCGAUGUCCCAUGGUGCCCUCUGGCUUCUUUUCACCCUGUGCUGCAGUCGAUGCUCAUGUCCUGAUGAAAGUGGAGGAGGUGUGCGCAAUGCUGCUGGAUCCACCAUUUCAGAGCUGCCACGACUUUGUCAGCCCACUGUCCUACAUGGCUAGCUGCUCCAACGACCUCUGCUCGUCGGGUCCCAACGGUGAUGUGGUAUGCCAGGUGUUCAGCGAGUAUGCCCGGGCCUGUGCCCACGCUGACCACCCACUGCACGACUGGAGGCAGCACAUUCCUCAGUGUGCGAAGCAGUGUCCUCUAGGUCUGCAGUACAGGGAAUGUAUCAGCUGUUGCCCAGAGUCCUGCAACCUGGAGCGAACAUGCAUCGACAGCAAGCUGGCCUGCUUGGAUGGAUGCUACUGUCCAGAUGGUCUGAUCUACGAGGAUGGUAGCUGUGUGAUGCCCUCCGACUGUCCCUGUGAGUACCAUGGCAUGUUUUACCCCUCUGGACAAAUGCUGCAGGAGGAAUGCAACAACUGCACAUGCGUGGGUGGAGUGUGGAACUGCACCGACUACAGCUGCCCAGGGGAGUGUUCGGUGACUGGCGAUAUGUAUUUUCAGUCUUUCGACGGGCGGAUCUACACCUUUCCUGCAACGUGUCAGUACGUCCUUGCCAAGAGUCGCAACUCAGGGAGGUUCACAGUCACCAUCCAGAACACCCCCUGUGGAGCUAAUUUGGAUGGGGCCUGCAUCCAAUCAGUUAACCUGGUCAUUGACGAGGAUCCAAGAACGGAGAUAACACUGAGUCACGUUGGAGAGGUCUUCAUGGCCGGACAGUACCGCAUCUCUCUGCCCUAUUCUGACGACAUCUUCCACAUCCAGGAGUUGUCGUCCAUGUUCCUCCAGGUGAGGACGGCGUUUGGCCUGCGUCUGCAGUACAGCUGGACGGAGUUUCGUCUCUACCUGCAAGCCGACGAGCUGUGGAAGGACGACACGGUGGGGCUGUGUGGGACCUUCAACGGCAACAUUCAAGAUGACUUCCUAUCUCCAUCAGGUAUGAUAGAAAGCACUCCUCAGCUGUUUGGAAACACCUGGAGAGUCUCGUCAGCCUGUUCACCCAGCCUGAGUCCGCCUCAGCUCGACCCCUGUGACACACACCAGCAAGCUGUGGCCUACGCCUCAGAGAUGUGUGACGUAUUGAACCAGGAUCUGUUCUCCGCCUGCCACGAGUACCUCAGCCCGACGCCCUUCCAUCAGCAGUGUCGCUCAGAUACCUGUAAGUGUGGGACGCCCUGCCUCUGCUCCGCUCUGGCCCACUACGCUCGCCACUGCCGCAAAUUCUCCGUCAUCGUUGACUUUCGAUCGCACAUACCAGACUGUGCGGUCAACUGUCCUGCCACCAUGCAGUACGGCACCUGCGUGUCGUCCUGCCAGCACCGUUGCUCUGCCUUCUCCGUCCCGCAGCAGCAGUGUGGGGAGGAGUGCGAGGAGGGCUGCGUCUGCCCCCAGGGAUCCUUCUACAACCAUCGAACGCAUACCUGCGUGCACAGGAGCGAGUGUCCCUGCAGUUUCCUUGGAGCAGAUUACGAACCAGGAGAUGUGAUCAUGACGUCAGCAGGUGUUCAGCUGUGUCUGAACGGUAAACUGGUGUCUCAAACAACAGAAAGUGACAGGUUGUGUCCGGCGGGUCAGCUUUACCAGAACUGCUCAGAGGGGGAGGAUGGCCUCCUGCCGGGGAGGGGUGUGGCCUGCGAGCGCACCUGUGAAUCCUACCUGCUCAACCUCACCUGCUCGACACACGAGCCCUGCGUGGCUGGAUGUAUCUGCCCUCCUGGCUUGUUGAAACAUGGAGACGAAUGCUUUGAACCUGCAGCUUGCCCCUGUCUGUGGAAAGGAAAGGAGUAUUACCCGGGAGACAGAGUCUCCUCCCCCUGCCAUCAAUGUGUUUGCCAGCAUGGGACGUUCCAGUGUGUGUUUCGUCCAUGUCCAUCCAUGUGCACGGCUUACGGUGAUCGCCACUACAGGACGUUUGAUGGCCUGCUGUAUGACUAUGUUGGUGCCUGCAAAGUCUAUCUUGUAAAGAGCAGUGCAGACGUGAUGCUCAGUGUUACGGCUGAAAACGUUGACUGUUUCGACAGUGGAGUCAUCUGCAGGAAAUCACUGCUGAUCAACAUCGGAAGAUCAUUCAUAGCGUUCGACGAUGACUCUGGGAAACCAAAUCCAUCCAGUGUGAUUGACAGGAAGCAGAGGAUGUUCAUGUGGCCGGCUGGAUACUUUACAGUGAUUCACUUCCCCAAGGAAGAUGUCACUGUCCUCUGGGACCGAAAGACCACUGUCCACAUCCAGGUCGGACCUCGCUGGCAGGGGAAGCUGAGCGGGCUGUGUGGAAACUUUGACCUAAAGACGGUGAACGAGAUGCGGACACCUGACAACAUCGAUUCCCCAACGCCACAGGAGUUUGGAAACAGCUGGACUGCAGCAGAGUGUGUGAACAGUCCAGACAUCAGACACCCCUGCAGCCUCAGUCCGCUCAGAGAGCCGUUUGCAAAGCGGCAGUGUUCAGUCCUGCUCAGCGAGGUCUUCCAAGCCUGCCACCCAGUGGUGGAUGUUACCUGGUUCUACAUGAACUGCCUCGCCGACACAUGCGCCUGCAGCCGAGGAGGCGACUGUGAGUGUUUCUGCACCAGCGUGGCAGCAUACGCCCACCGCUGCUGCCACCAGGGCGUUCCCAUUGACUGGCGCUCCCCCUCUCUUUGCCCGUACGAUUGUGAAUUCUUCAACAAAGUUCUGGGUAAAGGCCCCUUCAGACUGAUCACCUUCAGGGAUCGGACCACAUUAUUGGCGGCCAGCAGGUCCAGUGGCUCUGUGUUCCUGCAGCGGGGAAACCUCACCACCACCAGCACCAGCGUCCUCUCACAGUUCAUGAUGACGCCGGGCCUCAGCAGAGCCCGACCACAUGAUACAUCACGGGUGUCCUUUGAGGCAGCCGACAGACCAAACUACUUCCUGUACGCCAGUCCCAGCGGCCAGGUGAGACUGGCCAAGUGGGAGGAGCGUGAGGAAUUCUGGGAGGGAGCCACCUUCAUCCUCCACAGAAACACCUGGAUCCCUGGCUACGACUCGCUGGAGUCCCAUGCAAAACCAGGCUUUUUCCUGCACGCCACUCUGCUCCGCCUCCACCUGCUCAAAUACAGACACACCGACAGUUUCCGCAAGGCCACGUUAUUCAGGCUGACAGGCCCCAGCCUAGACACCCCACCAGGUCCUCGUUGUCAGUGGCGGUACGACUCCUGCAUCAGCCCCUGCUUCAAGACCUGCAGCGACCCAUCGGCUGAAGCCUGCGUCACCAUCCCACAAGUGGAGGGCUGUCUUCCUGUCUGCCCUCCACACAUGGUCCUGGACGAGGUCACCCGUCGCUGUGUCUUUGUUGAAGACUGCAUUAAGGCCCCAGUUGUUGUGCAGCCUGUGACACCAUCCACCACUCAACUGAUCUCUGCAGCCAUCACUUCUGCAGCUACCACAAGCACUGCUGCCUCCACCCCCCUCCUCAAGACAGUCACCACCAAGUCCUCCGCUCCUCCAGACACUGGUCCCACCACUAAAAUCACCACAGCUGUUCCUGCCGUCAGCACAGAGACCACCUCCACUGAGGCGCCACCCGCCCCUGAUGUGCCGACCCGACCAGUCACCACCUCUCCUCCUGCAGCUCCUGAACUCGCCAGAACAGCAGGACCCACAUCCUCCCCAACAGUGCCUCCUGCUGUCAGGCCAGAGGUGGAGGAGCCGCUGUAUACUGUUAAAGUGACUGAAUCCCCACCCUCUGCUGCAACAGGUACAACAGCAUGGACGACCAAGGCUCUGAGCUCCACCACCAUCAGCCCCAGCACUAGCAGGACGAGCAGCGCUCCUUUUGCCAUCACGGCUCUGUUCUUGCUCACCUCCUCCACCAAGCCCAUGGAGUCCCGGCAGCCGAUCUUCACCACCAUUGCCACGACCCCGCAGCCAACUACACCUGAAGCACUGACCACCACCUCCAUCGAGGGGCCAACCACCAUUAGCACCCCUCCUCCUGAUGUCGCACUCACAACUGAAGAGACCACACAGACUACAACAUAUUCAGCAGCCUUUACUCCGAUCAUAACAGUUUCUAGUCCAGGUCUUACUCCGAUCUCAGAGACAUCUUUAGUCACAGUCAGAACUACGGCUUCCAGUGCAACCAGCACCGUGUACACAGAUACCAGCACGAAGACCGUGACAGUGGAGAGACCUCCUCCAACAACAACUACACCCAUCCCCCCAGGUUUACCGAGCACAGCACUGACGACCGCUUCACCUGUCCCGACCCCACCUCCCGUCGAAACAGGAACUCUGUCUUUGCCGGCAGCCACUUCAGCAAAGACAACAGAAUCAGUCACACCGGUUGCACCUUUCGCCACCAGGAAAACAACAUCGUACAUAAGUCCAGAGAUGACAACACCAACUGUCACCACAACAAAGAUUCACUACACCACUAUGACUGAACUCACAACCUCCAGUACAGCGGCGCCUGAGCUACCAACGUCAACCCCACUCCAUGUUGCACCAGCUACAACUGCACCAUCUGCUCCUCCCUCAGCUGCUACAGACUGGGGAACAACAACAAAGAAAGUGGAUGUACCUGAAACUACUGUGUCUGAAAUACCUGUAGCCACCACAACAACAGCUGCACCUCCACCUCCAGAGAUUACAGACACAACGACCUCUCCUGUGUCCACCCCCACAACCCAUACUGAGAGGACCUCCUGGUCUGCUACCGUCCCAACAACAGAGAGAACCACUCAGACCACAGCUUCAGGACCCCCAGAGGUGCCAGAAGCAUCCACUACAUCCACAGGUCCUCCGGGAACAACGAAACCAACUGCACUGCCAGUGUCUCCUACAGAAACCACUACUGUGCCAUCAUCACCAGCAACAGAGAGCACCACCCAUGCUGCAUCUACUGUGCGAACCUCCGAGCCAUGGCGUCCCCCCCAUAAGGAGACCUCCUCCACCCCAGUCUACAGCCCCACAGUGAAGACUACACCUGAGGUCACCUCUGAGACUGUCAUUCAUGUGGACACUUCCACUAAAACUACCGAAGUACCUCAUCUUCCAGUAACAGCAACAACGCCGGUUGUGACCUCUGCGACUUCAGCUGCUGCCACACCCACCACCACCACACAAACUACAACCUCUCCUGAAAUCUCAACAGCAGAAAUUGUAGCCACUACAACCAGGAAACUGGUUACACCCCCGCCACCUGCACCUGGUACACCUGAGACACGUCUCACCUCAGCCUCUACAAGACCUCCACCGGGUGUUGUUACCACCACCACCCACAGACCCGUCACCGUGCAGCCGAUUACAGAGACGACACGUCCAGUGACGGGCAGAGUGGAGGUGUCAACAAGUGCUACAACCACGCUGCCUCCAUCUCAGUCUCCACCACACACAACCACUACAACAGCCCCAAGGCCAACAAUUUUCCCUGGACAAAGUCACCACCCGGCUGGUGUCCACCGCAAGAGCUACGCCCGCCACAACAACUACAACCGUCACACGGACAACGACCCACAGAACAACACCCAGAGUUCCUGUGACGACAAGAGUUACCCAGAGAAUCACACUAACCGAGAGGCCAGUCACUGCAAGAGUGACCAUAGCAACAAGGCCUCCGACAGCAACCACCAGAUCAACCACUCUCGGCCCACUGACUGUCACACCAAGUCCCAGCACGACAACAGCCACGUCAGGAGUGCCAUCUGCAACCGACGACACCUCCACCUGAUGCGAUCAUCUCCACACAGGAACCUGGGAUUCCCACUCCUGCGACGACUUCACGCUCAGCAGCCACCACGGUCCAAACCACUGUCCUGGACAGAGUGGAGCACACUAGUCCAGGAUGUAACAACCUCUCCCACACCAGUGGAAACGACCAGACACACAGUGGAGGGCACAACGUCUGCGGCUGUAUCCCCAACAAGGAUGUGCACUCCUCCGUAUGCAGAGAUCGUUGAUGAGUGCACAAAGUAUAUCUGCGUCAACAACCAACUCGUCCUGUUCAACAAAUCACAGAGCUGUCCCUUCUCCUCGGACCCCCCGAACUGUGGCCUGCUCGGCUUCGCCAUCCUCAUCAAUGGAGACAAGUGCUGCCCUCAGUGGGACUGUCCAUGUCGCUGCUCAGUGUUUCCGGACCUGAAUGUAAUCACAUUUGAUGGGAACAGCGUUGCCAUCUACAAGGCUGCCUCAUACAUAGUCACCCAAUUGCCCAACGAGACCGUCAGCGUCCAGGUUCAGGAGUGUCCUGCAGACUCAGAGUCACCACUCCUCUGGAAUUUCACCAAUCUUUGUCUGGUGGCGCUCAACAUCACACACAAAUCCAACCACAUUAUCAUCAACAGGCUGCAGAGGAGGCUCUACGUGAAUUCGCGGUAUGCCAAACCUCGAUUCAAGAAGUACGGCUUUGAAGUCUAUGACACAGGCAACAUGUACCUGAUCCGUAGUCCCGCUGGUCUUAAACUGCAGUGGUACCACAGCACCGGGAUGAUGGUGAUUGACACCGACAGCUCCAGCAUUAAGCUUCCAACCAUGGGCCUCUGUGGUUUCUGUGACGGAGACCCAACCAAUGACCUGACUCUGGCCAACGGCACCACAGUGGGCGCAAGCCAGGAUCCGGCUCUUUUCAUCGACAGCUGGCAGGUUCCCAACACCACCAGCUACAUCAGCCACAGCCGCCGCCGCGAGCUCAACUGCUCCACCAGCGACUGCUCCAGCUGCCUGGCCAUGCUGCAGAACCACGCCUUCUCCUCCUGCCACGCCUUCGUCCCUCCCAGCACAUUUUGUGAGGUUUGGGUACGAGAUGCAGAGUACGUCAACAACCAGUGUGUGGCUUUGGCCGCCUAUGUGGCUUCUUGUCACAAAUUUAAUAUCUGCAUUGAGUGGAGGAGUCCGGAUUACUGCCCCUUCAUGUGUCCCGACACUCUGCGGUAUCAGGCCUGUCUGCCGGCCUGUACGUCUCAAUCCUGCCCUAACCACGACUUCGACUCAGACCCGGACCAGUGUUCAGGCCUGACCGAGGGCUGUGUGUGUCCUGAGGGAACGCUCCUCCACCGGCCGUACUCCGCCCUCUGCAUCUCACCUGAGAAGUGUGCCUGCACCGACAGCUCUGGAGUUCCUCGUGCGCACGGUGAGGUGUGGAAAGCGUCAAAUGAUGCCUGCUGCAUGUACCGCUGCGACAAUGACACCAUCGUCCCUGUGGAGUACAACUGCUCCAGCGUGGCGGUGCCCGUGUGCCGCCGAGCAGGCGAGGUGAUCAUCAGCCUGGCCGAUGACACCAGCUGCUGCCCACAGAAAGUUUGUGUGUGUAACCAGAGCCUGUGCGACCUGCUCCCUCCUGAGUGUAAAUAUGGGGAGAAGCUGGUGUCAUACUACAGACAAGACUCCUGCUGUCCAGACUACGUGUGUGAGUGUGAUCCUGAGCUCUGUGAGUCGGACAUUCCCACCUGCAGAGACGACCAGACUCUGAUCGCCACCAGAGCCGACGGGAGCUGCUGUCUGGCCCACAUCUGCAUGUGCUCCUCCUGUCCGGAGACGCCGCCUCUCUGCCAGGACGGCGAGGUGCUGAUGGUCGAUGGCAACACCACCGACCGCUGCUGCCCUGCCUACCAGUGUGUUUGUGAGCCGUACAGGUGUCCUCAGCUCACUUGUCCUGUUGGGAUGUCGGUGGUGUUGGCGUCCAGUCCCGGUCGCUGCUGCCCCAACCAAACAUGCGAGUGCACCUGUGAGAAGAUUGCCUCCCCAAAAUGUGGCCUGGGAGAGGCCGCCCAGCUGGACCGGGCCUUCCUGUCAGACCCACAGAACCAGUGUGCCUGCAAAAGAUACAAGUGUGUGCGUGAGGCGGUGUGUGUGUUUGGUGAGCGGGGAGUCUUGCGGCCGGGUCAGACUCUGGUGGAGCACGGAGACGACGGCUUGUGUCACAGCAGGCAGUGCAGCCGCAGCCUCGACCCGACCAGCGGCUUCCACCUGCUCCGCACCUCCAGCAUCAACUGCUCCGCCCACUGUCAACCGAAUCAGAUCUACAUCCCUCCCAAGGACCAGUCGACAUGUUGUGGUGUUUGUAAGAAUAUUUCCUGCCUCUAUGAACAUGAGAAUGGGACAGCAGUUCUCUAUAAGCCUGGGAAGUCCUGGGUGUCCAACUGCAUGAAGUUCGACUGCACAGACACUCUGUCCGGACCCACACUUAUCUCCUACUCCUUCAGCUGCCCCCCCUUCAACGAAACAGAGUGUAUGAAGAUCGGUGGAACUGUCGUAAGUUACAUGGACGGAUGCUGCAAAACAUGCAAAGAAGAUGGAAAGUCGUGUCAGAAAGUGACAGUGAGGAUGACGAUCAGGAAGAAUGACUGCCGCAGCAACAGGCCGGUGAACAUCGUGUCAUGUGAUGGAAAGUGUCCAUCUGCCAGCAUCUACAACUAUAACAUCAACACGUAUGCUCGCUUCUGCAAGUGCUGCAGGGAGACGGGGCUGCAGCGGCGCUCGGUGCAGCUCUACUGCAGUGGCAACGCAACCUGGGUCAGCUACACCAUCCAGGAGCCCACCGACUGUUCCUGCCAGUGGUCCUGAACACACACACACACACACACACACACACACACGCAUGAUGAGGACUGCAUGAUCAGUGCGGGAUGUGUAAUGUCUAAGGGGCUAAAUUAUCUCACAGUAAGUCACUCUGGUGCCUCUGCUGGCAGGGAGGUGGUACUGCAGCUUGUCAUUUAUGAGUUUAGAUUUAUCAGAAAUUUUUAAGGCUGCAAGAUUGAAUAUUGCUUAAUAAAUUUAUCAAUAACUGCGAUAGUAUUAGAAGUUGUUGUGUAUCAUUUUGACAUCAGUAUAUCAUCUUGUCCGUAUCUGAUUUUGCCAUAAACAUAACAUAAACCAGUGCCAGCAUGGUGGAGCAGGCCUGUUAUUCACACCAGUGGACUCACAUUUCUCAACAAAACUUUAUCCUCUGCUGCAUAAGAUGAUACCACACAUAAUAAUAAAAGAGUGACUGAUUAUUGAGGAUGCUUGUGUACUAAUUGAGAAGAAGAGAUGGCUUAUAAUAUCACUACAAUUAAUUCAUUUACCAGGGUACAAGUAAUUUUGUCUAGACUGUUUAAGAAUAUCUUUGUGGAGUAAGCAAUAAUUCAGAUCUUUUCAUAGUUUCUUUUCUUCUGUGGUAAGUUAAAGGCAUGCAGGGUUCAUGACAGAAGAGCUUUUUAAUUUCAACACUUUUCAGAAAGAACAGACCAUUGUUUCACUGAAGAAUAAUCUACAGUAAAGAAGCCCAUUCACCUGCUGCCAUCUGUUUGUUAGCAUUUUGAUACCCUUAGGGGAAAAAGAUAGUAAUUAAAAUCAGAACUGAUCAAAAUUUGAUUAAAAAAUUGACUGUCAAGGGUCCAUGAGCAAAAUUUCAUGCUGUAAUUGAAUUAUAAGAGCUCAUUGGAAGUAAUUUGGCUUUUGUUCUUUGUAUUUGUGAUAUUUUCAUCACAUCAGUGCCUUUUUACUCAUCUGCAGUCAGAAGAGCGUCCUCCUCCUGUUUCAUGUCAAAAAUCUGAUCUCAAUAAUCUGCUGAUGAGUAAGUGAUAUCAAAAUGAUGCACGAUUUGUUCCAUCUUGCGAUCCAGACUCUGUUCUGUGAUCACAGAUGAUUUGAAGCACGGCGUUCAACCUUUAUGCUGCUGCAGUGCCACCUCCCUGUCAGCCUGCAGAAAGGAGAAACUGUUCAGUGAACUCUUAUACUACGAAGGAUAACGAGUAACAAAAAUGUUGAAAACACGUUUUUUUUUUUUAAAAGAGUGGGGCUGCAGAGAAUCGAGGGGACACCUCCUCGGUUCAGUCCAUCACUGUCACCCCGUUUGGAGAUUCAUACUUUACCAGAACUCCUCCUGUUGUACCUUGUUAUUGUAAAUAACUCAAUUUCCUAACUUUUAAAAAUGAUUUGCAAUAUCAAAUCAUUAGACAUUUCACUUUUAAUAAGACAACAAUAAACUGUAUAUCUACUGAUUUCACAUAUAUUUUAAACAAUCAGUGCUAGUAAUUGUAUUAACUGAUUUAAAUCCAGCUGUAUGUGGAGCACUUUAUUUAUUUAUUGGAGUUUGAUAGAGCACAGCCAUUCUGAUUUCAUGAAAGGAGAAGCACUCAGCCCAAAUGGAGAACAAAUAUACUGAACUGGGUCCAAAACUUUGAUUUGGUUUUGUUGAUGACAGAAAACAGCAAGGGCAAACAAACCACAACGAGAGAAUGGUGGUGUUUUAUAGAUGUGCAUGUUUCUCUGUGGACUAAAUUCAUAAUGUGUUUGUUCAUAUCAAAACGACCCACUGGGAUAGUCGAGUUAAAGAGGAUUUGUAUCAUACAAAUGUACAUUUACAUUUUCAAUAAAUAUUUCCUUUGGAAAAACUAAACAUAAUUUGCUCUGUUUCUUAGCUAACAGGACAGUGAUUACCCAAUCAGUCAAUUAUUUAUAAUUAAUCCCUUCUGACUUGAAAUUUAAUGACCGUGAAUAAGAUUUUCUGCUCUGCUCCCUGUUUGUUUUCAUGUCAACACUGAAACAUAGUGAAAUCUUUAUUAUGAUUUCACUGUUUGGUGUUUCAAGACGAACUGUGAGAAAGCAACAUUUAGGACUGCUCAGACCAAACUGCCCUUACUUCUUUAAUUUCAAGAGACUCAGUGUCCAGUAUCAAUCAACUACUAAACCAGAUGUGUGAAGAUAGAUACUGAGAAAGAGGAAGUAAGGCCAGUAAAUCUGUUCCUCCUCUCGUAUUGGCGUUUCACAGCCUGCCCAGACUCCAGACCUGCUGGCUGGUCUCAACCACACGGCCGAUUACAUGCUGCAGCAUGUUGGCACGGGCAGACGGGAAAAUGAUACUGAGCUGUGAACCCACAAAAUCCAGGGACUAACAGUUUAUAGCAGACAUGUAAGCCACACAGUCACCCUUUAUAUCCGAUUCUGUCCUGAGACAGGGCGAGCUGCCAAGACCUGGUUCCUGUUCUUAAGAUAUGGCUAAACUAACUGACAGGCUGUUAUCAGGCUAAAAUAAUCUCAUCCAGCUAAUUUUGUUCUUAGAAAAAAGUUUUGAUUUGUUCAUCCAGAAUCGAGUAUUCUUGAAAGAUCCAUGGAUAUAAGUUUGUUUCUGCAUUGUUGGUGUAGGUGUAAUUUUGUUUGAUGUUGUACUCCACAAUAUUUCCACUGCUCCCAGUGUAAAACUUUAAAUAUGACCAGUGAAUGUGGUCAGACAACAAGUGAUGUUGAUGUAUGACUGGUGAGGUUCUCCUCAAUGGACAUGCAAUAAACUUUUCUGCUAUCAAU